GAAUAAUGAGGGUCCAACAACUGUAGAAUGGACAGGAAAAACUUUUACGUUAGUUUGUGUUUAUAGUUGGUAGCCGUGUCUACAAACGCGUGCAAUUUUGAACACUGCAUUUUCCCACCACAUGCAGUGUUCAAGAUGUGCUGGCGUCGGCUUUCCUCAUCUGGCCUUCGUAACACUGGUUGUGCACUCUUCGAGCGGCAGGCUCGUGAAGAGACGAAUAAGGCCGUGCAAACCUUGUGGGUCAAAAGAUUGGCCUGUGAUUUGACAGACAGGGUAGUGUUGCGUUGAGUAUGGUGUGGGUCAAAAGAUUGGCCUGUGAUUUGAAAGACACGGGAGUGUUGCGUUGAGGAUGGUGUGGAGUUUGUGAGAAAGACGGUCAAGAAGGGUGCGAUGGUUCUGUACUGGUCGACGGGCCUGGAACGGAGAAAGCAUCUCAUGUCAACGAAAAGCUGGCAGGUUUUGAAGUCAUCGACGCUGCCAAAGCUGCCGUCGAAGCAGUCUGUCCUGUCGUUGUUUCAUGCGCCGACAUCCUUGCUUAUGCAGCUCGCGACAGCAGAGUCGAGAUACGCGCUCCUCAUGCCUGGGAUAAUGCAGUCACCAGCUGCUGAGUGCACGAGCUCUUUCUCAGAAUUGCAACACUUCACUGCUCACAAUAAUGACUACGAUCUAAUUUCCUCAUAAGAGUCGGGUUAACAUACUGCGCUCCUUUCGAUAUUUGAGAGCAUUAUUCAGCCUUCAGAUAUUUCCUACUUCAAGGCUGGGCCGUGCAAGGUGGAAGAAAAGAUGGCAAUGUUUCCGUCGCUUCCAGAGCCGAAGCCGAGCUGCCACCGCCAAUGUUCGAGGUGUCUCAGCUCAUAGAUUCUUUUUCUCGGAGGGGAUUAUCGGCCAGGCAGAUGGUGGUUCUGUCCGGGGGAGUGGGAGUCUGCGACAAAUUCGUUUCGCGCCUCUACGAUUUCAGCUCAACCUUCUUGACGGAUCCCUCGAUUGACCCUGCAUACGCCACGGAGCUCAAGAACAUUUGCCCCCAGCACAGUUUCAACACCUCCAUCAAAGUGUUCAUGGAUGUUAUCACCCCCACAUCUGCAGGCGUGUUCGAGGCCAACUACUACAAGACGCUGCAGGAGCACAAGGGCCUCCUCACAUCGGACCAGUUGCUUUUCGACGAUAGCCGCACAAGGGCCGUGGUGACAUCGCUGCUGAAUAAUCGUCGAUUCCAGAAGGAGUCCGGAAAGGCCAUGCGCGCUAUGGGAGCAGUAGGAGUCACGACCGUGGGCCAGAUUCGCACCAAGUGCAGUGCGGUGAACGCAGAGGAGAUGAUGCCGAGUAGCUGUCCUUGAGACCUUAGGAGAAGGACUUUAGCUGGGCCGUGUGCUUUCCCAUUUCAUGUCUAUAAAUUCUUCAAUAAUGAAGCUAUAAAACGUUCCGGUGUUCCGCCCAUCAGGAGAGUGAAUCUGGGACAGUAAUCCUGGAGUUUGAGGACUAUACAGGUUAUGAACAAAAGUUAGAUUUCCGAGGAUAUCGCAAGGGCUAGUCACCAUCUAGAACCAAUCUGGUGCAAUGCUCUGAGUUUCUUCCACUAGAUUGCUAGCGCGGUCCGGCCUGCCAUAUUAGCACGUUGACUAUCGGCCAUGAAACAUGAACGGCUGAGAUUUUCCAAUUUCCGGUUUGUCAGAUGUUGGCUCAAAACCUGGUGGCAAACACGAAGCCAAACUUAUACAUGACCUCAGAUACUUGUACAUGACCUCAAAUACUUGAAAUACAACCUAUUAGAAAAGUAAAAUGAAUCAGAUCAACUUCCUUCAGUCAAAAUAUAUGAUUUGAAUUCACUCCCAUAUCAAUGCUCACUUACUAAAAGCCU